CAGCCGUUAGAGGCGUUUGCGUGCUUCUCACUGUGAAAAUUAUGAAUGCUUUCCUAUGAGACUGUCUGAAUGCGCGCGCAGCUCCUGCCGCGCAUGCGCAUUCAGCCGAAGAGGAGGAGGAGAGCUCCCCGUCCGGCGCUGGAGAAAGGUGAGUGUUUAACCCCUUCCUCUCCCCAGAGCACGACAGGAGGGGGUCCCUGAGGGUGGGGGCACCCUCAGGGUACUAUAGUGCCAGGAAAACGAGUAUGUUUUCCUGGCACUAUAGUGGUCCUUUAAAUUCUCACUUUGGUGAAUAUCCCUAUAGCUGAGAGUAAUGACAGAAGGGAGAAGCAUUAUUCACUAAAAUAUGAAUUUAAAGAGAGUUUCAAAUUUCAAGGUAGCCACAUAGGAAGCAUAGCUGACUUGGGGAAUUUUUAAAGUUUGGCUAUGGUGGCCUUAAUAGUGAAGAAAAAAAAAAAAAAUAACAUUUUAUUAUGCAUUAUAUAGCAUGCCUCCCAACAUUUCAGAAGUAUGUAUAGGGACACUUUAAUUUUAGCAUUUGGAGAGCGGUGUGUGUCAUGUUCGGAUAAAUGUUAGGUUUACUAAUAAUUUAUUUAUUUAUAAAAUAUUUUACCAGGAAAAAUACAUUGAGAUUUCUCUCGUUUUCAAGUAUGUCCUGGGUCCACAAAUCAUUGCAUUGUUACAUUAGGGUACAAUAAAAUACAAAAACAAUAUUAAUACACUAUUAAUACAAAUUAUGCUAAUUUAUGUAAUUUAGAACAAGAACAAUGAAUCUUAUUCACAUAGAAUAAUUUCUAAAACACAUUUAUUGUAGUUUAAAGAUACAUUACUGGGAGUAUUAUUACUGUGGAGCUCUGUUAUACACUCAGACACAUUACUGAGAGUAUUAUUGCUGUGGAGCUCUGUCAUACAUUCAGACACAUUACUGGGAGUAUUAUUGCUGUGGAGCUCUGUUAUACACUCAGACACAUUACUGAGAGUAUUAUUGCUGUGGAGCUCUGUCAUACAUUCAGACACAUUACUGGAAGUAUUAUUGCUGUGGAGCUCUGUUAUACACACAGACACAUUACUGGGAGUAUUAUUGCCGUGGAGCUCUGUUAUACAUUCAGACACAUUACUGGGAGUAUUAUUGCCGUGGAGCUCUGUUAUACACUCAGACACAUUACUGGGAGUUUUAUUGCUGUGAAGCUCUGUUAUACAUUCAGACACAUUACUGGGAGUAUUAUUGCUGUGGAGCUCUGUUAUACACUCAGACACAUUACUGGGAGUAUUAUUGCUGUGGAGCUCUGUUAUACACUCAGACACAUUACUGGGAGUAUUAUUGCUGUGGAGCUCUGUUGUACACUCAGACACAUUACUGGGAGUAUUAUUGCUGUGGAGCUCUGUUAUACACUCAGACACAUUACUGGGAGUAUUAUUGCUGUGGAGCUCUGAUAUACACUCAGACACAUUACUGGGAGUAUUAUUGCUGUGGAGCUCUGUUAUACACUCAGACACAUUACUGGGAGUUUUAUUGCUGUGAAGCUCUGUUAUACAUUCAGACACAUUACUGGGAGUAUUAUUGCUGUGGAGCUCUGUUAUACACUCACACACAUUACUGGGAGUAUUAUUGCCGUGGAGCUCUGUUAUACACUCACACAUUACUGGGAGUAUUAUUGCUGUGGAGCUCUGUUAUACAUUCAGACACAUUACUGGGAGCAUUAUUGCUGUGGAGCUCUGUUACACACUCAGACACACCAACAAUAUGGAGCUCCUAGAAAAGAGAGACAUUAGGACAGAAAACAGGGAAAGAGUGAUUUGGGUCCAAACUAGGGACUGUCUCUCUUAAACAGGGACACUUGGGAGGUAUGGAAAAUUAAGCAGGAUAUGUAACUGAGCUCUGGGACCAUGCCCAGGUACUGCAUUCAACCCCGGACAAUGAAUUAAACUUUACAUGAUCCCAUGUCAUCCAUUGAGACUGUUUGCAUUGCAGAGAGCUGCCCAGGGCUCCACGUGGGGAGGUUCCUGCAGACAGAGGGGCAGACCUCACAGCUCCCCAUACAGAAGCCUUAGUCCCUCCGGUGGUCCCAGGCCCUCUCCGGGCACGCUGUACCCACCAUACCCGGCUUAUUUCACAAUAAGUCACAAGGCCUCGAACAGGCCGAGAAACCGCGGUGUUUCCUGAUCCUCGUGCCGCAGCGUCGCUAGCCCAGCCCGGCACACACAUGGCGGAGAGCACCGCCGACCCCGAGCCGGAGCUGGAACACAUCCGCCUGAAAAGUGUCAGAGAGGAGCAAUUCAUCACCGUGCCCGAGGGAGACAGAGUGAGUCCGGCAUAGACUGCAGAGGGGCACCUGCACAGGACAAUUACUGUAGGAAUAGGGGCUACCAUGAUAAAACAUGAUAAAAAACAAUAAAUAUAUAUAUAUUAAUGCAUUAUAAACAGAGCUAUGCACUGCACAGGGUUAACUUCAAUACAGAGCUAUUCACUAAGCAGGGUUAUUCACUACACAGGAUUAACUUCAAUACAGAGCUAUUCACUACACAGGGUUAACUCCAAUACAGAGCUAUUCACUACACAGGGUUAACUCCAAUACAGAGCUAUUCACUACACAGGGUUAUUCACUACACAGGGUUAACUCCAAUACAGAGAUAUUCACUACACAGGGUUAACUUCAAUACAGAGCUAUUCGCUAAGCAGGGUUAUUCACUACACAGGGUUAUUCACUACACAGGGUUAUUCACUACACAGGGUUAUUCACUACACAGGGUUAAUGUCAAUACAGAGCUAUUUACUAAGCAGGGUUAUUCACUACACAGGGUUAUUCACUACACAGGGUUAACUCCAAUACAGAGCUAUUUAUUAAGCAGGGUUAUUCACUACACAGGGUUAACUCCAAUACAGAGCUAUUCACUAAGCAGGGUUAUUCACUACACAGGGUUAACUCCAAUACAGAGCUAUUCACUACACAGGGUUAUUCACUACACAGGGUUAACUUCAAUACAGAGCUAUUCACUACACAGGGUUAUUCACUACACAGGGUUAACUUCAAUACAGAGCUAUUCACUACACAGGGUUAUUCACUACACAGGGUUAACUUCAAUACAGAGAUAUUCACUACACAGGGUUAACUUCAAUACAGAGCUAUUCACUACACAGGGUUAACUCCAAUACAGAGCUAUUCACUACACAGGGUUAACUCCAAUACAGAGCUAUUCACUACACAGGGUUAUUCACUACACAGGGUUAACUCCAAUACAGAGAUAUUCACUACACAGGGUUAACUUCAAUACAGAGCUAUUCGCUAAGCAGGGUUAUUCACUACACAGGGUUAUUCACUACACAGGGUUAUUCACUACACAGGGUUAUUCACUACACAGGGUUAAUGUCAAUACAGAGCUAUUUACUAAGCAGGGUUAUUCACUACACAGGGUUAUUCACUACACAGGGUUAACUCCAAUACAGAGCUAUUUAUUAAGCAGGGUUAUUCACUACACAGGGUUAACUCCAAUACAGAGCUAUUCACUAAGCAGGGUUAUUCACUACACAGGGUUAACUCCAAUACAGAGCUAUUCACUACACAGGGUUAUUCACUACACAGGGUUAACUUCAAUACAGAGCUAUUCACUACACAGGGUUAUUCACUACACAGGGUUAACUUCAAUACAGAGCUAUUCACUACACAGGGUUAUUCACUACACAGGGUUAACUUCAAUACAGAGAUAUUCACUACACAGGGUUUACUUCAAUACAGAGCUAUUCACUAAGCUAAAACUUUUCAUGAAUUAUAUCCAAAUGGAAAACCCCAGGCAAAAAUAACAUCUCGAAAAAUUCUCCAACUCCGCUAUGGGCAUAUCUUGGCAAUUUUUGACUCUGUUUUGCCAUUUGGAUUUAGUUUGUGAAAAUUCAGAUUUUAGUUAAUAACUCUGUAAAAAUACCCACGUAAGUUGUAUUGUCAGUUAAGCAUUUUUGUCCUACUAGUUGAUUCACUUUGAAUUCCUGACCAGUUCGUUGUUAGUGAAUAAGAACUCUGUCACCUACUGGGGUCAUUGUAUAUUGUGCAAAGGCCUCCGAAGGUAACAUCGCCGAUUGGUGUGUGAUUGAUGGAGAUAGCUCCACCUUUUAUAGUUUUGGAUUAUGAUAUUCUUUUUACUCCGUCAAUGUGAGUAUUUGAUUUUAUCUUGAUAAACACUCAGCUUGUUUUAGAAAUAUAGAAUGUGACGGCAGAUAAGAACCAUUCGGCUCAUCUAGUCUGCCCAAUAUUUCAAAAUACUUUCAUUAGUCCCUAGUCUUAUCUUAUAGUUAGGAUAGCCUUAUGCCUAUCCCACGCAUGCUUAAACUCCUUUACUGUGUUAACCUCUACUACUUCAGCUGGAAGGCUAUUCCAUGCAUCCACCACCCUCUCAGUAAAGUAAUACUUCCUGAAAGUAUUGGGUUUUUUGGGGGGUGGGGGGGGCUGGGCUGUGAAAGUGCUUAGGCUGCCCUGUGAAACCCUGAAUGACUUUAUCUUUUUCUUUUACGAUUCUUAUGAAUUCUGCUUUCUGAUAGACAUGUUUUGAAAAGGCUGCCUGGUAGUUAGUAGUUUUUGUAUGUUUCGACUGUGAAAUCAAUUAAAAGUACUCUCCAAUCACCAUAGCUACUACAGUGCACCGUAGUGGUUAUGGUGUAAGAAUACCCUGGAGCCCCAUGUUGUAAGUGUUCAAACCAUUAUAGAACAGACUGAUUUCUUACCUGUAGUCCGUUGGACUCCACUCCUUCUACUUCUACUACUCUGUCUGAGCUAAGCCCAGCAGCUAAUAAAUUGAGAACAGUCAGCUCAGGCCAUGAGCUACACCUAAGAUCGAGAAGAACCACAUAUAUAGGUAUAUGUAUUAACAAAGAGACUCACAACCUACAGAUGCAGAGCCCAACAUUGCAGGACAUGGCUCAGGAGAGUUAAUGGAAGCACCUCCUUAGGAGGUCCGGCUCUCCUUCGCACAUAGUUUGGGCGGGGGUAGUGUCCAAUGCACCUCAGGUCCGAAGUCAAACUGCUCUAAAAUGGAUUGCCUACUUACAAUUGAGGGGACACCAUAACCACUACAGAGUGCUGUCAUGGUCAUAGUGUCUGGAGUGUUCAUUUUACUCAACACAGCAGUUUCUUUAGGAUUCUGACCGUGAUGCAUUAAUUAAAUUCACAGUGGGUGCUCUUUUUAAAUAAAAAGCAUACAUUUGAAAAAAAAAUAAAAAUAACAUACCAACAUUAUAUACAUGUAUAUGAUGGUAACUUUAUUUUUGUGUGUCUGCCGGUAAAAUAACUGCAGCUGCUUGUUGGCAUGCUGUAUUUAAACAUUUUACUAUCCUUUUUUUUUUUUUUCUCCUCCCAAUACCCCAUAGCUUGGAAGAUGUCGAAGUGUCAAAGAAUUUUUAAAAUUAAAUCGUAUUGGAGAGGGCACAUAUGGUAUCGUAUGUAAGUAUGAAAAAUAGUUUGUUAAUGCUAUAUUACUCUUAAAAUUUUAAAUUCAGAAUGCAAUUCCACGUUUUUUUCUGAGAUGUGUGUGUGUGUGUGUAUAUAUAUAUAUGUAUGUGUGUGUGUGUGUGUGUGUGUGUGUGUGUGUGUAUAUAUAUAUAUAUGAAAUCUCCCGUCAUUUUAAAGGUUUUAAAACAGCACGAUACACAAUAUGAUGAAUGCAGUUAAUGCCUGGCCAUUGUUCUGAUUUCAGAUCGUGCCAGAGAUACCAUAAACAAUGAAAUUGUAGCCUUGAAGAAGGUGAGAAUGGACAAAGAAAAGGAUGGUGAGUGCCCACAUACUAUUUUAGAAAGGCAAGGGGUCUAAAAGCAAGUUAUCAUUUUAGGAUAUCUUCGAGAGUCACACCAAGCACCAUUAUUAGUUGAGGUUAUUUUUUUUUACAUUUUGUAGUGCAUUGUUUAUAUCAUGACCCAGUCUUACCCCAUGAUUUUUAUUUAAUGGACCACAGAAUGAGGCAGAAACAUCAUCUGAUGGAAGUGACUUUAUGCUAAUGCUGUCAGUGUCGUUGAGCUCUGAGAUGGUCUGACUUAAAAUAAUGGUCUGGUACUUGAAAAUUACAGGCUAUUUUAAAGUAUAUCAAUGGGUAAUUAAAAUGUUUUGCUUUAGUAAAAGGAUGUCUUUUCAUGCUGAGUUAUGUGGGUAUUGUGUAAAGAAUUAAGACCAGACUAUGAUGAAGAGCUAUAGAUAAUCUAUUCUUUGAUCCCUACCAACACUUUCUACAAGUGGGGGUUUUCUCCCACACUGGCCAGCUCAUAGGGAGUUCAGGCCAAAAUUGGAGUCAGGCAGUGAUUUCUUUUCUUUUUUUUUUUUUGAUCAGUGGCCCAGAUGCAUGUAAAGCUGAACGUGAUGGCUGUCUGAUAUUAAGUGGCUAGGUGAUCUUGUAGAAUUAUCUAACUGUAGAAUCAUAAAGGAAAACUCUGCAUGUUCUACAAUAAGAGAAUAUGAUGAUGCUUUAUAGGAUAACUAUUGUCCCUCCAUCUACAGUGGUCUGUGAGUCUCAUUAAUUAGGGACUAAGCACCAAUCAAUGAGUUUGUCCAGAGAAGCUGGAAUGACAAGGUUUGUCGCUUCCUUCUCCAGUGGAGUUUCUUACAGUUCUCAAACACAGUUAUUUCUUCUUGAUUUCCCAAGGUAUUCCUAUCAGCAGUCUCCGAGAGAUCACACUGCUCCUGAAACUGCGACACCCCAAUAUCGUGGAGCUGAAGGAAGUGGUAGUUGGGAAUCAUCUGGAAAGGUAAGGGUGUGUUAGAAAGUAGUAUGCUGCACAGGAUAUUUCACUGCAGUAUUUAGCACAGGAAGUCAGCAUGUACAGCAUUAUUUAGUAAAACAAAAAUGGUUAUCUUUUGCUUUUUUUUCUAUCAGCAUCUUUCUGGUCAUGGGUUACUGUGAGCAGGACCUUGCAAGCCUUCUGGAAAACAUGCAGACCCCAUUUUCCGAAGCCCAGGUACCAACCUUAAACACUUCUGUUUAUCAUCUGCUGCAGGGUGAAUUUGUUGGGUUUGGCCAUCAUGUACAGGUGUCCUAGACUGAAGAAAUGCAAAAAUACUUUAUUCUGUCUCCUACGCAGACAGCGUCUGAAAAACCACAAUGUAUUUGUUUUUUGAUGUCCUAGCAAUAUAUAUAAGACACCAGUGCACUCCAAUAAAAAGAAAAUUAUUAUAAAAACAGCAUGUUCCAUUUGAAGCAAUUAGAUGAACAUUGCAUGGUUUCCAUGGUGAUUGCUUCACCUAUGGAGCAGACGGCGAAAACAUUCCAUUUGUUUCCGUGGUGAUUGUUUCACAUCUAGACCUUUGACCUAGAUGUUCUCAUUAUAUAUAGCCUUCAGUCAUCUAUCAGUCUGUACCACCUGCUACAAGCCAACAUAACCAUAGGUGAUUGUAAACCAAUCUUCCCUGACAGGUAAAAUGUAUCUGCUUUCAACUCCUCACUGGACUCCAGUAUCUGCACGAACACUUCAUUGUGCACAGGUAGGACGAUGCUUUGUAACGCUCACUUUGCUCUCUGACUUCUUUUAAAAAGAUUUUACACGGCUCUUACAGAAAUCAGUUGGGGCUAUCAGCAUCGUGGGUGUUGUAGUUCUACAGCUGGUGUUCUUUCUUUGUCGGACCCUGCCAUAAUAUUUACUUCAUGCAACAUAGGACCUCUCUCACAUUGAUUUUGGAAGUGUGUGCAUUCUUUGUAGCUCUUAAUAUCAUGUGUGCACUAAUUAUCUUCUCUAAUAACUUAAUCUCUCUCUUCCUGUGUGCUCUUAUCCCACCUCCAUGAUGAAAAGAGAUUUGAAAGUGUCAAACCUGCUCAUGACGGAUAAAGGAUGCGUAAAAAUUGGUGAGUGUCUUCUUUCCUUUGAAAACAUCAACACCAUCAUGAAAACCUCCAGUUGCAGUACAGUCUCUCAAUAGUGGUCCAGUGGGUGUUUUUGACUGAUCGCCAACUUGAAUGGAGUCUGGAAAUAUUUCCUCCAAAUGUACCUCUUUAAGAGACGCAAUCCCAAAAUUUAUCUGUCCCUUUUUUCUAGGAGCUCAUAUAUAUAUUAUGUAUAGUGAUUGCUCCACCUUUAGUGACCCUAACUUUUUCAGUCUGUGGCUGUUUCCUAAAUCUGACAACGUCUUGGGGAAUCUCACUAAGUGGACUCACUGGCAGUUAAAAACUAGAAACAGCCACAAACUGCCACCAAGUCAUCAUGGUGAAAUUUUAUAGUUAAAGGGACACUAUAGUCACCCAGACCACUUCAGCUCAAUGAAGUGGUCUGGGUGCCAGGUCCCUCAGGUUUUAACCCUUCAGAUGUAAACAUAGCAGUUUCAGAGAAACUGCAAUGUUUACAUAGGGUUAAUCCAACCUCUAGUGGCUGUCUUCCUGACAGCCGCUAGAGGCACAUCUACGACGCUGGAUGCGAAAUUCGCAUCCAGCAUGCAGAACGUCCAUAGGAAAGCCUUGAGAAAUGCUUUCCUAUGCACUGUUUGAAUGUGCGCGCGGCAGGCACUUGCCGCGCAUUCCGCUCCACUCGGGAGCUGAUGGCGGGAGAGGAGAGGUCACCAGCGCUGAGGGAGCCCAGCACUGGAUUAAGGUAAGCUGCUGAAGGGGUUUUAACCUUCAGCGCCAAGAGAGGGGGACCCUGAGGGUGGGAGAACCCUUAGGGCACUAUAGUGUCAGGAAAACGGGUUUGUUUUCCUGACCCUAUAGUGAUCCUUUAAAUGUUAGUGCCUACCCCUGUAACUUGUCAAACCACAGUGGUGGGCUUGGUUCCAGAAAACUAAAGGAAACCACUGCUUAGGAACCUUUUGGCAUUAGUGGUGGAAGCCUGGAGAGGCACAAGAUGGAUCCCAGUGAGCUGUUGUGGUUAUGGUCAUUUUCCAUAACAGAGUGAAAUGUGUACACUAAGGAAACCAGCAAUAAAGACAGUACAAGACGUAAUCAGACAACAGUUGCCUACCCCUGCUUGUGAAUUAUUUUAUACAAAGUGAAGGGAAAAAAAAAUCAGUAUAAGUUCCCAGUCUCACUUAGUGUUUGUUUUUGUUUUGUUUUUUAUUCCCUGUGCAGACGUGUGUUAGCUCCAGUUCCUAUCACUGCUUAUUAUUAUGGUGGGCUUGUCUUGUUUGUAAUAUUGUAGUAAAUCUGCAACACCAGGAUACUUGUUUUCUUAGAAGAAAAAAAAAAAAAGUUUAUUUUGAGUGCGGUACUGCUAUUUUGGGAGAAUUUUAAGAAUUUAUGUCUGCCUGGUUUAACCCCCUCAUUGCAUGUUCUAGUUUUAUUUCCCCAUCAAAAUCCUCUAAAAGUCAAAUAUUUUUCAUUUAUCCUAAAGCUCGUAGAGAUUAAUCCCACAACCAGUUGUAUUUGUAAUUUUCAGCAAAUCAUCUGACAAAGCCCUAACCCUACCAGCUAGUUUAUUUAAAAACAAAACAAAACUUCUGUAGCAGCCCUCUAACCUGUCUCUCAUUGUGUCUUAUUUCACAGCUGAUUUCGGCCUUGCCCGUGCAUUUAGUGUCCCUGCCAAGCAGAUGACUCCUAAAGUGGUAACUCUCUGGUAAGUCAUUGCAGUUAUGGGGAUAAACAUGAAAUCUCACCUGUCUCACAUUUUGUGAAGUUGUAGAAACGAAUAUAAGACAGAAUCUAUGCACAUGUCAGUACUGUUUUAUUUCUACAGGUUUGUUUCUGUCUGCUCCUUAUUCUAGCGUGUCACAUGAGAGUCCCUUUAAAGAAGGACGGUCUUAUAGCAGACAUCUCAAACUCUCGCCCCAGAUGUUACUGAAUUACAAUUUAUAUGAUUAUCUGGCAAUCUCUAUUGCAUUCAAAGAAUUGUGGGAGCUGUAAACCACCAGCAUCAGGGGGAGCAGAUUUUGAGAUCCCUGCCUUAGAGAUUUUUGCAAAAUCAGCCAGCUUACAAAAAAAACAUAUCCCCCCUCUCCAAAAAAUGUAUUCCUCUCCCAUGAUGCAAUAGAUGCUUUACAUGAAUCCACAUGUGCUUGUAUUCCAUCCUUGGAAAAAUGGCUAACAUGAUUGCACACCAUCGUUCAAGGUAUCAGUACCUGUAGGGAAAUUGCUGAACACUUAAAUGGGAGUUAUAAUCACCUCUGCAAACAUCACCCCAGUCAAUCACUCAAUAGCUUAUACUGAGUGAAAACAGAACAGUCACCAACGCAAAACCAGAUCUGUACUUCUUAUUACUAUGUAUUACUCUCCUCAAAACUCCAGGAUUUCUACAAACGGAUCUAUAUUUGUUUUUUCCAUUCUCUUUGAUAUUUAGGUAUCGGGCUCCAGAGUUGCUAUUAGGAAGUACAACGCAGACAACUGCCAUUGACAUGUGGUAAGAUGUCACAAUCUGGUUUGUGUAACCUUAGAGAUUUAGAUGGUGUUUGGAAUAAGUCAACCUUCAGGGAUAGUCGACUGGCAGCCCAACAUUCAAAAGUGAAUAAUUACCAUUUCUUUCAGUUUAGGAAAUCUUGAUGUUGGUAAGAGAAUAGUCACAUGAUGACAGUAAAUGGCUGUUCUAUUUUUUUUUACAAAUUGGUAAAAUCAGACAGAAUUAUCAUCUUUUCGUCAAUUUCUGUUACACAAAUGGGAAAUAAAAAAUAUACAUUUUAACGUGGAUGGAUUUAGUCUGAGCUAUGAAAUGAACUUAGAUGGUGCUUCAUUAUUUUUAGGAUGUUGAUAUAGAAUAUGUUGGCGCUAUAUAAAGAUUUGGAAUUGAAACCUGUAUAAAUUGUCUUUCGCUCUCUAUUAAUGUAACAGGAAUAUUUUUGGGGAAUUUUCAAUUUCCCGCUGAUGGUUUUUUGGCAUUCCAGUAGUAUUUGCUCCGUGAACGUUAACCCUCAUCCCAAAGCCAUUUUUUUCAAUCAGUAACACUCCUUUCUGGCAGGGCCGUGGGCUGUAUUCUGGCAGAGCUUCUAGCGCAUAAACCUUUGUUACCAGGAACCUCUGAAAUCCAGCAGAUUGACCUUAUCAUACAGCUGUUGGGGACACCAAGCGAAAACAUCUGGCCGGUGAGUUCUCUUAAACGGAAUCUGUCAUCUAAACAAUGCAUACAGCAGAGGUGUCGAAAUACUUUAUGAUAAUGCUUGGUGCAGGGGUAUCCACAUUUUACCCCUUGGUCAGUUGGUGGCAGAAGGUUAUAAGGAAUUUAAUUAAUCAAGGAGGGCCCAGAAUAUACAAUAUCAAGUGCUUGAUUACAUGAUAAGUAAACAAAAUGUACACUUUUAUCAAUGUCUUUAGGUGUUAGACAACCAGGGGGUAACCCAGCCUCAUUUGCUUUGCACAAUAGUUCGGAUCUAGCCUAGAAGCACACCUUUCUGCUCUUCCCCCUGGAAUGCAGUGUUUCCCCCUUUGCUUCAGGCUUCAAAGCCGUCAAUUACACUAUAGUCCCCUGAGAACCUUGCUGUAUCCAAAAUGCACCACCUGUGGGAUAAAAUCAGUAGUGAUGCAGAAAGUGAGCAUCCUGAUUGGCCGAGUCAUAUCCUGAUUUGGUGAGAACACACUAGAGAGGCUACAAAGAAUGGGGAUGUGCAUCAAAUGGUGCCUAAAGGCGAUGUCCCAAAAUGGUGGAGCUAAUAUUUUCUAUAAUGUUCACAUUCUACUUUUGAACUACAAACCCAGUAAUGUGGCAGUGUCACUUUUCUGAAAUAUUCUCUCACCUUUUUUCUUUGAAGGGCUUUUCCAAGUUGCCUCUGGUGGGCCAAUACACAGUGCGCAAACAGCCCUAUAACAACCUGAAGCACAAGUUCCCAUGGCUCUCUGAAGCUGGCUUGCGGUUACUCAAUUUCUUAUUUAUGUAUGACCCGAAAAAGAGGUAAAGUGGACCAGAAAAUCAGCAUCAAUUGGCCUGGGCUACUGCUAAGGAAUAUGGGAAUUGUAGUCCCUACACUAUUCAUUCAACUGAUCCUUUUUCCCCUUCAGAGCUACAGCUGAAGACAGCCUGGCAAGCUCAUAUUUCAAAGAAAAGCCUUUACGUGAGUAUUCUUUCCAUUGAUCUGAGCUUGUCCAUGUUUAAAUCGUGUCCUAACCAGGGCUUGUAUGGUAUUGCUCCUCUUUAACAUGUUUUUAUCUAUUUAUUUUUUUUCCAAAUCUUUAUUUUUGGUCAGAAAUAGCAUAACAAAGUGAUACAUAGUACAGUCACUAUGCACAUGGUAUAACAACGAUAAGUUAACAAUAUGACAUCAUGUGGUGCGUCUCAGCCGAAUUAGGCACUUUAACAGCAUGUCCUUAAUUCACAUCAUGAGCAUGUUCCCCCACUUUAUCGGUACGUGUAGGAAACACCAAAUGUUUUUUUUUAAAGUACAUUUGAAAUCUAGUAGAAAAGGAAGAUAGGACAGAAAGGGCCCUCAGACCCAGCAGAACACUCCUCAGUGCCCUGGGAAAAGCCAAAUAUGAUGCUUACAUCUCCUCUUUGAGUAGUGUGUUUUUUUUGUUUUUUUUUAAACAUUUGCUAAGUAAACCUAAUGAGAAGUCUCUGGAGCCAUCCAGGGACAUAAAAUCUCAUGGAAGUUGCAUUUUAGAGCCGGUUCAGGGAGAGAGAAGAAGAAAAGGAUGAGGCGGGCGAGGGCCGUACCCGUGUCCUAUUUUAGUCUGCAGUCACUGGAGAACCAGGGCUCCCAUAUUAGCUCAAACUUAUGUACAGUGUUUCUCACGUGCGCUGUCCGUUUAUCUAUCAGACUAUUGUCCUUAACUUUAUCAAGGACUUAAGAGACGGAGGGAACUGUAGGCUGUAGCUAUGGCCCGUCUGGUUGCUAAGUUGACUUUGGUAGCAAGGUUUGUUCUGUUCAAGUCCACCCUGAUAAUGGCUUAUUCAGGAGGCACUCCCAUGGGGUUAAGUCCGGUCUUCUAUUAAAAAGUUGUUCCAAAAUGUCUCCUACUGCGGACCAGAGUAGUCUAAUCUGGGGGCAUUCCAACCACAUAUGUAGGUAAGUGCCUUUGAGGCCACAACCCCUCCAGCACAAGUCAGUUGGAGUCUGGUUCAUGCGAUAAAGUUUCUUAAGACAUUGCUCUUGCAAUGUGACGCAUAUGGAGGAAGAAGCAGCCGCUUCCCAGAUAUCCUGCCAGUCGAUGCCCUCCAACAUUAUAACACCUUUUGCUGGGUCCAUGGGGAAAAACACCUGGAGCCCCAAGGUACUGAGGAAAGCCGCGGGGUCUCCUUCCUGGUGCAAUACAUGCGGGUGGCCAUCCUUAAAAACAAGCAAUUUGAAGGGGUAGCCCCAGGCAUACUUCAUGUUAGCCUGGCGGAGCACCUCCUUAACCGGUUUCCACUCCCGUCGUCGCUGCAAUGUGAGAGGUGCCAGAUCUUGAUAGAGUGAAAGUGUGGUGCCCUCGUGGACAAUGGGGCCUUCUCGCGCCCUCUGCAUCACAGAUUCCUUCGUAGGGAAGUGCAGGAACCUUACAAUGAUAUCCCUCGGUGUGUUCUGCCCUAGCCUUCUGGAACGGAGCGUUUGGUGAGCCCUCUCCACAUGCCACCUAUCGGCGGGAUUCCCGGGAGCAAUAGCUGCAAGAUGUGCACCACGAGGUCUGCCAAGGGCCCUUCCCCAGUUUGUUCCGGUAGGCCACGGAUGCGCACAUUGUUGCGCCUGUAUCUGUGUCCCAUAUCUUCCAGCACUAAGUCAGUAGCUUGUACCCUGCCUGUCAGAUAAUUGAGUUGGGUACUUGCCGUGUUGUGUGCCACCCGCGUGCCCAGGGCCUGAAUCUCCCCACCUCAGGAUGCCCGUGGACCACACAAUCUUGCCUGCCAGGUAAGUUACCACCUCAUCAGGGUCAACAGGAUCCAGGCCGUCUCGGGUUGGGAUGCUUCCCCCGCUGAGUAGGCCUCGACCUCCUGUUGCACAUCUGAGGCCGGCGAGCACAGGGCACCGCCAUCUUGUGAUCCGGUCGGCAGGGCUCUCGAGGCCACAAAUAGGUCUGGCACCGGUGCCCCCUGGUCCGGGGGUUUCUUUUGGUAUUUCUUGGAAGGAUGUUUAUCCAUUCUCAGGGAAAAGUAAUAAUUUGGUGUUUUUAUAUAAACCAUUAUUAAACCAUGCAGUACAAUAUUUUCACAGCUCCCUGUCUGCCUAGUGCAGUGCAAACACAUUACGCUUACUUGCACUCUCCUGAUUGCAGAGGACAGCAAUAUGAUUGUUAUGUCUAUUUAAACUACACUGCUCAAAAAAAUAAAGGGAACACAAAUAUAACAUCCUAGAUCUGAAUGAAUUAAAUAUUCUUCUGAAAUACGGUCAUGCUGGAGGAUGUUGCAGGCAGCAGAACGUUCUCCACGGAUUCUCCAGACUCUCACGUCUGUCACAUGUGCUCAGUGUGAACCUGCUUUCAUCUGUAAACAGCACAGGGCGCCAGUGGCGAAUUUGCCAAUCUUGGUGUUCUCUGGCAAAUGCCAAACGUCCUGCACGGUGUUGGGCCCUCAUACCACCCUCAUGGAGUCUGUUUCUGACCGUUUGAGCAGACACAUGCACAUUUGUGACCUGCUGGGGGUCAGUUUUACAGGGCUCUGGCAGUGCUCCUCCUGUUCCUCCUUGCACAAAGGCGGAGGUAGUGGUCCUGUUGCUGGGUUGUUGCCCUCCUACGGCCUCCUCCACGUCUCCUGAUGUACUGGCCUGUCUCCUGGUAGCGCCUCCAUGCUCUGGACACUAUGCUGACAGACACAGCAAACCGUUUUGCCACAGCUCGCAUUGAUGUGCCAUCCUGGAUGAGCUGCACUACCUGAGCCACUUGUGUGGGUUGUAGACUCCGUCUCAUGCUACCACUAGAGUGAAAGCCAGCAUUCAAAAGUGACCAAAACAUCAGCCAGGAAGCAUAGGAACUGAGAAGUGGUCUGUGGUCACCAUCCGCAGAACCACUCCUUUAUUGGGGGUGUCUUGCUAAUUGUCUAUAAUUUCCACCUGUUGUCUAUCCCAUUUGCACAACAGCAUGUGAAAUUGAUUGUCACUCAGUGUUGCUUCCUAAGUGGACAGUUUGAUUUCACAGAAGUGUGAUUGACUUGGAUUUACAUUGCGUUGUUUAAGUGUUCCCUUUAUUUUUUUUGAGCAGUGUAUUAAGACAAGGCUCAGAAUCUACUAAAAUCAGAUGUCAAACCACACAUGAUAAAGGAAAUGGCUGAUAUUUAAAGCUUUAUAGUGCACCCUAAAACCAAAUGAUAACUAUUAGCCUUAACUCUUACCCAGUAUCAUUUUAAAUAGGACCCAUCAGUUCAGAGGGUUUUUAAUAUUAUGUUCCUGUAUACCCUUCUCAUGUGCAAUGUGUGCCCUGGCUGUGACAUUGCCUGCUUUAGUAUACAUUGAAAACGGAGCAUCACAUGAAAUUAUUUUAAAGGAACAUGCCAAGCACCAUAACCACUACAGCCCUGGUGCCCUCCUAGAAUACUUAGUGAAACAGUUUGGCAACUUACCUAGGGUCUGUUGGGCACCCAGUGUCACCUUGUCUCUAGCCAGACAUUCCUGGCACCAUACAGCAGGCAGUAGAGGUUGUGGUGUGUGGCGAGUUUCUCUCACACACAGAUUCACUGCUGUCAUUGUCAGAAAAUUGAUGUUUCCCUUUAAGUGAAUUCUGCUGCAAGAUACCAGGAACUGGCAAUUUAAUUCAGCAAAAUGGACUUGCAGCUUAAGAUAUAGGUAAAAUUCUAAUGGUCCGAGUCCAGAAACUGCAAAGAUGAGAAUCAUAGAGGCCCUGUAUCUGCUUAAAAAUGUAGACUUUCUGCAGAUUUGUAAGUAACUAAGCACAAUUUGGAACCUUUCUAUUUAAACUGAAACUUUGGGUUUCUGUUAAUUUCAAUGUUCGCAAUGCUCGGCAAGACCAGUCUGUUAGUGAGGUUUUACUAUUCGUCUCAUAAGCUGGAAUCCAGAGUUUAAAAAAAAAAAAAAGAAAAAGGGAAAAAAAAAAACUUCCAUUCGAUACUUUUUCAGUCUGUAAUUUUCAGUGAGUUGAGCAGACAAGUGAAAAAACAUUACAGUCAAGAAGAUAAAAUAAAACUUUGUAAACAGCCAUGUUACACUGUUUUUAAAACUUUUUUUUCUUUUUUAGAAACAUUUUGAGUAUAUAUUGUCACGUAUUUAAAAUCUCAGAAAUAAAUACAAAAUGUAUAACUUCUUGUCUUCUGUAGCUUGUAAGCCACAACUGAUGCCAACGUUUCCACACCACCGGAACAAGAGGGUGAGCAGCGCAGGCUCAGAGUCGCAAAGCAAACGCUGCAAGCAGUGAUCCAGUUGUCUCUCACUGUUACAAAGACUUAAUAGUGAAUCCAGACAGAGCAGCAAGGCAUAAAAUGGAGAACGGCUGUAGUCGUACGCUUUUAAGAAAAUUAGGCGCUAAAUGGGAGGUCUGAACCAGGUGACUGAAGAUUCUGGUAUUGAGAGAGUGCAAGAGGUGAAGGUCAAGUAAAAUGUAGCAGAUUUGAGCAGAUGUUGAAGGCUAGUGAAUGGUCCUGGGAUGCAAUGGUUGGAAUAAUCGGUGUGGUCAGCACAACACAUCUGGAGUUAAGAGCCUGUCAGUUUCUGGCCACAUGUCAUUUACAUGGAAGGGAGAAAGCGCAGUCAGUUCUUGACCUUUGUAAAACCAUUGGCCUUGGUGUUCAGUACUUCUAGAUGUAUGUCCAUUGUGUUGUCUAUUGUGAUUUCCGUGUCCUAUAAUAAGGCAAAGCUUUUAAUAUCAAUGUGGACACUGGAAUAUCACUUCUACAUUCUUUGUCAUUUUAAGUUAUUUUUGUGAAUGGUCUGAAUUAUACAACAGUGGUAUGUGUACUACUUACCAGAUCUCUAAAUAAAUCAAACUUGCUAAUCUG